AUGUCGCUUCUCAAUUCUGCAAAUGCUGGCUACAUCAUCGCCGCCCUUUGCAUGGUCUUCUCCGCCUAUGUUCUUCUCAGAGGACUGACCUGCUCGAUCAGUCAUGUACCUGGCCCGUGGCAUACUUGCUUCGUCAACUAUACUCUAAAAUUCCAUGUGCUCGUAGGUCGUCGAAUGCACUACGUACACUCUCUCCACCAGAAGUACGGAUCAUUUGUGCGAAUCUCGCCCAAUGAAGUCGCAAUCGCGGACCCCGAGUCGUUUACUGCAAUUCACAAGAUUGGCUCUGGCUUCACCAAAGGGCCAUGGUACUCUGAGGUCAUAGAUGGGCGUGAGCCAGGCAUUGUCUUCAUCACCGAUCCCAAGGAGCAUGCUGUGAGGCGCAGGCUGUUUUCUAGAGCCUUUGCGAGCCUCUCGCUGCGCGAGAAUUGGGAGUUGGUUGUUCGAGAGAAGGUUGAAUUAGCCGUAGACCGUAUUCGGGCGGAUGCUUUGAAGGGUAAAGCCGAUAUUCUCAAGUGGUGGAUGCUCAUGACGACGGACGUUAUUGCCCACUUGUCUUUUGGCGAGUCUUUCAAGACACUAGAGCUCGGCGAGAAAAGCUCCUACAUCCACGCGUUGGAAAUGCUCUUCACAGCUUCAAUGUUUCGACGCGAAGUGCCCUGGCUAUUCUAUCUCGCCCAAUAUCUACCCUUUCAGUACCCCAAGGAGCUUGCAAACGCGGGGCACAUCAUCGGCGAAUAUGCUAGUAUGGCCACAAGCAGCCAAAAAGGCAAUGGGCAUUCUGCAAACCUAUUUAGUAACAUGCAAGCUGCGUGUGAUGAAAAGAUCGAGUACAGCCUGACUCCGGAAAAGUUGCAGUCAGAGGCGACGAACCUCAUCGUGGCAGGGUCCGAUACCACCUCUAUUACACUGACCUAUCUAGUCUGGGUGGUGCUGAAGAGACCGACCCUCCGUCAAAAUCUCGAAGCGGAGCUUCACAACCUCAGAGACGACGAGAUCAACGACGCCGUUCUCGAGAAACUGCCGCUUCUCAACGCCGUCAUCGAAGAGACGUUGCGCGUGUACGGGGCGGUUGCAGGUAACCUACCUAGGUCUGUACCUCCGGGUGGUGUGACGCUGGGUGGAUUCUUCAUUCCUGGUGGCAUAGUUGUAGAGACGCAGGCGUACACGCUCCACCGUAACCCCAAUGUUUUUCCAGACCCUGAGAGGUAA